GGUGGCGGGCUGCGGGGAGACGCGGGUCAGCCAGCACCGAGCGCCCCCGCCGUCGGGCCUUGCAAACUGCUCCCGGCGCCGCGGGCACGGGUCCCCGGCGUCCACCCCCACCCCCGGGACGCGGCCAAGGUCCCACCAUGAGCUUCGUGUCCUACGAGGACCUCGUCAAGGAGGGUGACACGGCCAUCCUGUCCCUGGGCCACGGUGCGAUGGUGGCGGUGCGCGUCCAGCGAGGGGCGCAGACGCAGACCCGGCACGGCGUCCUGCGGCACUCGGUGGACCUCAUCGGCCGCCCCUUCGGCUCCAAGGUGACGUGCGGCCGCGGGGGCUGGGUGUACGUGCUGCACCCCACGCCCGAGCUGUGGACGCUGAACCUGCCGCACCGCACGCAGAUCCUCUACUCCACCGACAUCGCCCUGCUGACCAUGAUGCUGGAGCUGCGGCCUGGCUCUGUGGUCUGCGAGUCCGGCACUGGCAGCGGUUCUGUGUCCCACGCCAUCAUCCGCACAGUGGCGCCCACUGGCCACCUGCACACAGUGGAGUUCCACCAGCAGCGGGCAGAGAAGGCCCGUCAGGAGUUCCAGGAGCACCGUGUGGGCCGCUGGGUAACCGUGCACACACAAGAUGUGUGCCGCAGUGGCUUCGGCGUGAGCCACGUGGCCGACGCUGUGUUUCUGGACAUCCCAUCGCCCUGGGAGGCCGUGGGCCAUGCCUGGGACGCCCUCAAGGUCGAAGGUGGGCGCUUCUGCUCCUUCUCACCCUGCAUCGAGCAGGUGCAGCGCACGUGCCAGGCCCUGGCAGCCCGCGGCUUCACAGAGCUCAGCACCCUGGAGGUGCUGCCCCAGCUCUACAAUGUGCGUACAGUCAGCCUGCCCCUUGCGGACCUGGGGGCCAGCGAUGGGCCCUCCGCUGGCUCUGAGGCCAGCCCCUUCCGCAGCGGCACGCCCAUGAAGGAGGCCGUGGGCCACACCGGCUACCUAACCUUCGCCACCAAGAGCCCUGGCUAGUGGUCUGCAGAUGAGCCCGGAUGCUGAGAGUACCACUGGGCCGGCAGGAGGCCGGAGGCUGCCUUGUAUGGUCAGCGGACAUCUGUCUGACCUGUUUUGGGAACAGCUGGUGGGGUGGAGCUUGUGGCCUCCUGGGUGACUAAAGAGAGGGGUGGAG